GCUUUUCGUUCCAUCUACUAUCCGCCUGUUGCUGCGAAAAAGCAGUCGAGGAAAAUUUCGAGAGAACCGAGUGAGAAAGCGUUGCUGGUGAUAUCCGCAGAAACUCAAAAAACAUGGAAGAGCACCGGAAUGCAAACGGCGGUCUCAACUAUGAGACACGGUUUUUCGUAAAGCUUAAGAUUUUUCAUCCAACUGGGCCUGGAUCGAAAAACACGGGACGCCUUGCCGCACCGCGCGUACUUAUGGUUUUUGACUAAGUGCGUAGAAACUGUCUCCGGUCGGAAUGGAUGCCAUCUGCUCUGAAGCCUUGCUUUUCUAUUUUUUGGCGAACUAGUUCGUACUUACUAGCGGCACGUGCCCCGGAAGCGAACAGAUGAGAAUUUUUAGAAAAUGAUUACAUUUCUCUUUGUCAGGUGGCAUGAACAAUACAAGCUCGCUUGAUUUUCCUUGUCUAAUACAACCGCUGGAGGCCAGAACACAUCGGUGGAGGUGAUUGAGCUGGGCAUUGAGAGCUAUGAAGAAUUGUGCAACUUUGUCAGGGAACACCUACAGGAUGAUCACUUGGAGUGGCAACUGCUCUCAAGUGCAAACGUCCCCUUCACGGAUGACAUGUUGUACUUAUGA